AGCAAUAACAUUUUAUCAAUUAUACACAAUUACAUUUUAUUUUACGUCAAUAGUAUCUCUUUAUAAUGUAUUAUCUUUCACAAUUACCUACGGUAAGCUACCGUGCUUACGUAGUUCAGAGAAUAUGAAUGUUAAAUAAAAAUAAUCCUUCCUCUAAAAAGGUUAAAUGGUCAAUUGAUACGAUGUAUAAUAUCCGGGAUACAAAUUUGUCGUGUCUUACAUAAUAAGUCGCAAUCUUUAUAUAGACAAAAUAUCAGUACAUUUUAAUGUAUGAGUAUAUUGCUAUUAAGCUAAAUGGACUUAAUUCGAGAGUUGAAAUCGAAUAAGUUUACUCUGAAUCAUGUCGCACUAUGAAGAUGUUAUUCUGGAAGCUAAAGAAAAGGAAGAAAACUUGUCGACAGAUUUAGGAGUAAGACAUCGCAUUCCAUGGAGUGAUCGUGUAUUAUUAAAUAGUGAAAUACCUGGUUUACAUGAAGUUAAAGAGUUAUUAGAAGAUGAUGAUGCAAGUUGUUUGGCAGAAGAGGAAGAUGGAGCUGGAUGCCCUUUACCCUCAACUCCAGAAGAUGAUCAUCUUCUGGAUUGCGAGAUGACUGAAGUAUUGAAAGCAGGUGUAUUGAGUGAUGAAAUUGAUUUAGGAGCAUUAGCACACAAUGCAGCAGAACAAGCUGAAGAAUUUGUUCGAAAGGUAUGGGAGGCAUCCUGGAAACAAUGUCACUUUAGAAAUCUGCCAAGAUGGUUGCAAGAUAAUGACUUCUUGCAUGCCGGCCAUAGGCCGCCUCUACCUUCGUUUUAUGCGUGCUUUAAAAGUAUUUUUCGAAUUCAUACUGAAACUGGCAAUAUCUGGACACACUUGCUAGGCUGCGUUGCCUUUAUUGGUAUAGCUAUAUUUUUUCUAACACAACCUCCUAUAGAAAUUCAAUUGGAAGAAAAAUUGGUAUUUGGUACCUUCUUUGCUGGUGCUAUAAUUUGCCUAGGAAUGUCGUUUGCCUUUCACACAGUUCAUUGCCACAGCGAAUGUGUUGGAAAGCUAUUUUCAAAGUUAGAUUAUUGUGGCAUAGCUAUGCUUAUUAUGGGUAGUUUUGUACCAUGGCUUUAUUACGGAUUUUAUUGCGACUAUCAACCUAAACUAAUUUAUCUGUCUGUGGUGGUUGUCCUUGGUAUAACCAGUAUCGUAGUAUCAUUAUGGGAACGAUUUGGCGAACCAAACUAUCGUCCACUUAGAGCAGGAGUUUUUAUGGGAUUUGGGCUUAGUGGGGUAAUACCAGCAGUCCAUUAUGCUGUCGCUGAAGGUUGGUUCAAGGCAAUUAGUCAAGCAUCCCUUGGAUGGUUAAUACUAAUGGGAUGUUUAUACAUAUUAGGCGCAUUGUUUUAUGCUUUGAGGGUACCUGAACGUUUUUUUCCAGGAAAAUUUGAUAUUUGGUUUCAGAGUCACCAAAUCUUCCAUGUAUUAGUGAUUGCAGCUGCUUUUGUUCAUUACCAUGGUAUUACGGAAAUGGCAAUGCAUAGAAUGACAAUAGGCGACUGUACAAAUCCGUCGCAAGUGUUAGCUUUUUAAAUCUGCAGGCGUAUAUCUUCAUCUUGUUGAUAACUUUCAUCUCAUUACAUAACCGAUACAGGAAAAAGACUUCAAGGAUUCCUAAAUCUUACGCCUUAGUGAAUCUGUGCUAUUUGUAAGUAUGGUAUUUAUUGUAUAAAGUAAUACGUGAGGAAGGAUAAUUAAGGGAUUACCGCAAUGAGUAUCAGUGACACAAAACCGAGAAGAAAGUAAUUUUACAUGAAAAGAUGAGUUGAGAAUAUAGAAUUAAAUUUAUUUUUUCGAAAAUUAUUAUUAAUUUAUUUUAAACAUUUGAAAAAUUAACAUCUUUUUUCAUUUUCUUGUACUUGGAUGAUUUUCAAUGUCGCUAAACUUAUCUCGGAUGGUUAUUAUUCUUUUUUGAUUAUGCUACUCAUUGCGGGAUAUUCUUGUGUAUGCAUAACAAGUAUACUUAAUUUCAGUUAUAUAUAGAAUAUGCUUUAAAAUAUCGCUUAUUUAUUUAAUUGCAUUUCAUUGAAUAGUUUUAAGAAUAAAUAUUACUAUGAAAAUAUCGUUAUAUAAUUGAGAAAAAGAAAGAAAGAAUGAAUUUCAACAUUGCUGAAAAGAAUUUAUUUAAAGUGAAUACAAAAUAUAUGUAUAUUAAGUUGCUUUCUUAUUUCUUUCUCUACAACCAACUUAAUGCCCGUAGGCAGAUAUCGAUAGUUUAUACAGGAUUUAUAAAUAGAUUUUAAUGCAUCAAAUCUUGCAAUCUCAUCAUGUUUAUCCUAAAAUAUAAUACAAGAAUAUUCCUUGAAAAAUCAAAAUUUUUCUAAAACUAAAGUUCACAUAUCAUUUUAAAAGAUGUGAAUAUAAUUUAUUAAAUUUGAAUAAAUGCAAAAUAAAUUUUUGAAGAAAGUUCAUAAUAUAAAUUUAAAUAAUAUUAUUUUUAGACUUAAAACUAACAUGAAAAUUUAUACAUGAAUGAAAAUAUAUAUAUCGUACUCCAACUCUUUCUCUUAUUUUAUUUUUAACUACAAAUUAUAUAUAUAAAUUUCAAGUAAUACAAAUAAUUUAUUUAAUUACAAGUAGCUGUAAGCAUUAAUGUAACUGGGAAUAAAAUAAUGAAAAACAGGUUGCUAUUUAAUAUAGUGGGUUGUUAAAAAAUCUGUACGUAUUAUUUGCAUGCAAUUUGUUGAGCUUUUUAAUAAAAAAAGAGGUUUAUAUUAUGUAACGUUUUAUAUUGAAUAUAUAUAAUAUACGAAAUGCAAAGCACAGAUAAUAGGCAACAAAAGCACGCGGGCGUGACUAAGAUUUAGGAAUCAAUCGUUACUAUAAACGAUUUUGUAGCAUAAGUAUUAUAAAAUCUGUAAUAUAUUUUGAAAAAAAUCAUUGUUAAAAUAAUGGAAAUUUGUUUAUAUUAUUAUCAUCAUAAAAAAAAGGGAAAAUAAAAAUAUACCAACCUAA